GACUUAGAGCUCAAUAGAAUUUAAUGUGCCACCAUCCUGUAAUUAACACAUGGCUGCAAAAGUUACAUAGUGUUGGUUUAACCACCAGAAAUUUCUCCAAAGUUCAUGUCCCUAGUUGAGGCUGCUGGCAGAUUAAAGUGACGUAAGACAGUGAGAGUUUUGAUUCUCAACCCUUUCUCCCUUUCUAUCCGCUUACUGUUCAACCCACUUUCACUGUCUUAACCAAUAAGAUGCUGCAACGGUGAUGCUACCUGACAACAACAGAUGACUAGGUAUUGUCCUGUUGUGUGUGUGUGUGUGUGUGUGUGUGUGUUUGUGCUUGUACUUACACCAGCAGUCAGCCACCUCCCAUGUUACUUGGCUGAUGGACGUGGGACGUAGUGGACAGGAAGAGGAGCAGCUCUUUCUGCUGUGUAUUACUUAUUAAGGAAAACCUGCUUAAUUAUCUGACAAAGACAUACACACACACACACACACACACACACACAUAUAUAUAUAUAUAUAUACAAAACUCAUUCACACACUGCUGACACACAAAAAUACACCAGAUUGAAGAUAACCAGCUGCCGUUCGGACGUCUUCCUGCUGAGACGCAGCAUGUGGGAGGAGAACUUUGAUACAGAGCAUGAGGUUGGCCGUAAGCUAGACUACUCGCCGGUGUCGUGGCGGGAGUAUUUUGACCAGAUGGAGGAUGUGAGUGUGGGGUUGGCCGACAGCAGGGACGUUUUCAGGAUCUAUAAAGCAGGGACUGAUGGACCUCUGCUGGUUCUGCUGCACGGAGGAGGACACUCAGCCCUGUCCUGGGCUGUCUUCACCACAGCCAUCGCCAGCAGAGUGACCUGCCGGGUACUUGCCAUGGACCUCAGGGGUCACGGUGCCACCCUGGUCCGCCAAUCAGAUGACUUCUCAACUCAAACUAUGUCCAGCGAUGUAGCCAAUGUGAUUCGAGCCUGCUACGGUGAGACUCCUCCCCCCAUCGUCCUGAUUGGCCACGGCGUUGGUGGGGCGAUUGCGGUGCAUACAGCCAGCAACAUGCUGCUACCAACCACUGUGGGUCUGGUGGCCAUAGAUGUCGUGGAAGGCAGCGCAAUGGAUGCACUCCACAGCAUACAGAACUUCCUGAAGGGAAGACCCAAGUCCUUCAAGUCCAUGGACCAUGCUAUAGAGUGGAGUGUCAAGAGCGGACAAAUCAGGAACCUGGAGUCUGCCAGAGUCUCGAUGGUUGGUCAGAUCAAAAGAUGUGAGGUGGAGGAGGCUGACACUCUGGAGCAGGCCAGCCCGGUGACCGACGUGGUUGUCGAGCGCAACGAAGAGUUCUACGAUCAGAGCUACGUAAACGAUAAAGAAAACGCUGCCUCAGAGGUGAGCCUCAGCGAAGGCCAGAGUGUGUACAAGUGGCGUAUAGACCUGUCAAAGUCAGAAAAGUAUUGGGACGGCUGGUUUAGAGGAACUUCUAACCUCUUCCUGGCCUGCAACCUGCCCAAACUCCUGUUAUUGGCAGGAAUCGACCGGCUGGACAGAGAUCUGACUAUUGGCCAGAUGCAAGGUAAAUUCAUGAUGCAGGUGCUGCCCCCCUGUGGUCAUGCAGUGCAAGAGGACAAACCAGACAAAGUGGCUGAGGCUGUGGCCGCCUUCCUGUUGAGACACAAGUUUGCUGAAGCCAGAAGAGAAACCAGGAGCUCUAACUCUUUCACACGAUGAAGUCUGCAGGUUUUCUUUCAGACCAACAAUAUGGAGUUCCAAAUUCAGAGAUGACUGCUUCCACAUUUUCCCUGAAGACCACUACAAACCUUUAUUUCUUUCUUCCAUCUUCAACCUUAAUCAGUAGCUACAGAGGUCUCUAGUUUUAACCUUAAAAGCUUAACAUGACUAAUAGUGGUUACAAGCCAUUUGUGACGGACUGCUGCCGUAUAGUUUUUAUUCUGCCCAUUAUUAACAGUCAAAACACAAUUAGUUUGAAAUAAUAGGAUGAUGUUUGAACCACAUUACAUCAAUACAAUAACCUUUUAAAGAUAAAAUAAUUCCAUAUAUAUGAUAUAGUUUGACCUUUAAACCCUUUUUUCAACUUCACUAUUUCUGUAAUUAUUGCCAUCUGCCUUUGUAAAACAAAACUGACCUGUUUUCUUCGAAUUAUGUUCCUAAUGCUAAACUGAGGCAAUGAAACCUUUACAACAGAAAAACACCAAAUAUUUAUGGUUGUUUACUAGUGAUACAGCACUGGCACAAUGAUUUUUCAGUUUUAUUAAUUUACUUAACAGCUAUUUUCUACCUUUGUUUUAAGACUCUCUCGGAGCAGUGAUUAACUGAAACUAGCUAGCAGGUACGCUAAUAGUGACUGCUAGCUAGUAGGUAACUGGAGGCUAAAUAAGUAAUAACAUAAGAGAAAUAAUAUUCGAAGAGUUGAAAUUUUAUGGCAUUAGACAAAAUAUUUACAUGUGAUAUUGCGGAACUUGUUAGCCAUCUUCCAUCUCAUUUUGGGUUUCCUUAUGUUAGCAGUGAAAGCACACCUAGACCUUGGGUGCAAGGCACAUAUGUAGAUGGAUAAACAGAAGAACGUGUGACCUUUUACAAACGACUUUCAGGAGAAUGAAUGUAGAAAGACAUCUUCAUUGUGUGAACAUUAAAACAGAGAGUGAAACAUGCUAAGUUAUAGCCAUCAAAAAUAUGAACGUUCGCAGUGCAUGGGCUGCCAGUUUGUUCACCACAAUCAACAGCUAGAUGUUUGUUACAAAUAAAUGUCUAUAGAAAAACAAAUUUCUAUCUCUAUUUGUCUGUGUAGAAUUAGUGCCCAUUCCGCAGGGUUUCUGCCAGCGUUUUACAAGCCCGGCAGGGAAACUGGGGCGGCGCAGUUGGAAACAUAGAUAUAAUGGUUAGAAAGCUCAUCAGCUGCAUCUGUUGGUUAAAUGUGAACUUGACGCUUCCAACUAUCACUAGCUAACGUUACCUUGCAAACUUAGCUAGCUAGUCAAAGAGUCAGUGACACAGAUACUUCCUUUGUGACAUCUAGGGAUAAUGUCAGUGAGUAAAGAUAAAAGCUAAAAAACCUUAGACAAAUGGUUUCAGGUGGCCAAAUACUUGAGGUGAUGGCGAUAGGAAAGGGACUUCUAACAUUUGCAGCUCCACUGAGUCAGCAUUAUUAGCCUUAGCCCAGGUGGCGAGCACCCUGUCCUCGAUGAUGCCAGUAGAGCAAGAACAACCUCAGGCCUAACAACUUUUCUGGCAGAAAUCCUGGUGUCAUUAGAUGAAUGUGUUUGUUGUUCAGUAUAAAGUUCACUGUGAUUUA